UAUGACAGCAAGAAGUUAUUAAUUGGUUGAAUGAAUGAAAAACUUUAUUAAUUGAUUGAUUAUAUGUGAUAAGUCUACGACAAUAUCUGUUUUCAGCCAAAGUACGUAUAGCUGGUAACUAUAGUUGCUUUCUUAAUUUAUCAUACCCAGCUUUUCUGCAAGUGGGUUGCUACUUAUAAAAAAAAUGAUCGCGUUGCUGUCAAGUUUGUAACUACAUCUGUCUCUGUCAGGUUUACUCUUUAUUGUUGGACUAUUAUUUAUAUUAAAAUCAAUAGGAUCUCUAUUAAUAAAGUUUAAGUGAUGCCGAACAUAAUUGAUCAAUCUAAAUGAUGUAAUUAUAAAAAAAAUGGUAAUCAUAUACCUUAUCGAAGUUGGCGUGAAAGGUUUCUGAAGUUUUCGUAAAUAAUAAGAUAAAAUGGAUAUCCCUGUGCAAAUAGCCGUAAGGCUAAAGCCUCCGAAUUUAGAGGACUCAUCACAGUGUAUAUUUAGCAAUCCUGUUACACAAAUUGUAAUCACUGAGAGUGGACAGACAUUUCAUGUGAACCGGGCUUUGCCAGUGGAUUGCACUCAGGCAAACCUCUUCAACUCGUUCAUGAUACCACAGAUCAACUGCUUCUUGGAUGGUUGUGAUACUUCAGUCGUUGUAUUUGGACAGGCUAAGACGGGCAAAACCUACACAUUAUUUGGACCAGGAUUUGAAUGUAUCCACAGUGAAUGUGACCAAGGAAUUGUGCCUCGCUUUUUAUCUGAAAUAUUCCAUAAGCUCAAUCAGAUGCCAGAGAGAGAAUUUAUACUACACAUAACUUGGAUGCAAGUAGUUAAUAAUAACAUAUUUGAUGUACUGGGAGCAGGGUUAGUGAGGUGCUGCAAUGUUGAAGAGGCAUUCCAGUAUUUACAGUUGGGAUGGCGGCAGAGGUGUCAAGGAAACAACCACACCGUGUUCACAGUCAGUGUUGAACAGAAAUGGGUCAGCACCAAUGGUGUAUUAAAUCAUAGAAUGUCUACUGCAAGCUUCUGUGAUCUUGCUGCCUACCCAGAACCAGGUCUAUUUGCCCUGGAGAAUAUCAUUAAAGAACUUCUAGCAGGCAACCCACCAAAACAAAUAAACUAUGACCAGUGCAUCCUCACAGCAAUGCUUAGAGACUCCUUCGGUGGCAGAGCUUUCACUUGGGUUAUUGGCUGUAUAAGUGCAGAACCAGAAGACUAUCAGGACACACUGAAAACUUUAAACCUUUGCUUGUGCUGCAGAGGCAUCAAGAACUUUGUUACUGUCAACCUAUUUGCUGACAAUAACACCCCUGUGUAUACAGAAAAAUCAAUGUUACCACAUGCAGACAAUAAUUUUAAUUUACAAUUUGCCACAACCCAGUGGAUUAAGCUUGUCUCAAAUGCAGAGGGGCUUUUCAACAAAAUUCUUCAGUCAAAGUCCUUGUCUGAAGCUGAUAUUAAUCAAGUAAGUGAAUGGUUGUUCUUAAAAGCUGAAUGUGAUGAAUGUUUGAAUGGUGAUACUGGUGUAGAUAAUAAAGAUGCAAAUAUAAAACAAGGUCUGCCUAGGAUUGCUGAAGACACAGAGCCUAGUGAACCCAGUGAAUCAGAUGUGGACUCAGAUUCAGAGGAAGAUACUCAUUCUGACACAGUAUUCCAGGACAAACUUGAGAAAUUUAUGGAGUAUUUUAGAGAAAAGAAUGACCAACUGUUUGCUGACAGAUGCGAGGAAUACUUGAACCACGUUGACUCUGAUGAUAUCACAAUAUCAGAAUUGAGUGGAUCACAGUCUCUGCCUGUAAUGACAUCUCAAUCAAAUUCUGGGCGCAGAAGGACUAUACAACCUGGUGAAAGUCUGUCUGGAGCUGAGUUAGAGUUACUGAGAAAAGUUGCAGCUAAAGCAAUCUCACCUGAAUCUCAAAAGAUACUUAUAGAAUCUCACAAAAAGGAUGUUGAUCCAGAACCAAAAUUAAUUGAGAGAGAAUUACUCAAAAUGAUUGAUACCCCAAAGACUGAUGAAAUAUGCAAGAAGUAUAAAAUGACAAAAGAAAAAUAUACUCAAAAGCAGAUACUGGCAAGGAAGCUUUCAAAAGAAAUAGGAAGCAGCCAGUCACAGCUAAAAGAACUGAUAAAUCUGUGUAUAGCCAAAGAGAGACUGAUAAGUGACUUGUCUAAAUCAAUGAGUCAUACACAAAACAAGCAUUAUUCUGAUAAAAUAGAGAGUAGUUUGAUUGACCAAGACACAAUGAGAGAGAUAAAGAGGCAUGAGACAAACCUCAAAACUUAUAAAAAGCAAAUCGAACAAAUUAAAAGACAAAUAAAGAAAGAUGAAAAACGUAAAAAUACAUUAGAUGUAGAACUUGUUAAGGAUAAGUUGAAGCUGGACGAACUCUCAGACACUUCAGUAGAUGUUAAGGACAGGAAAACACACUCACUAAAACACUUUACACAUAGAAUUACUCAAUUAGACAGUAUUUUGAAAGAAAAGACUAAUGAUUUGGAAACUUUAGAGAUGUCCAAAGAAAAGGAAUUAUUAUUAAGGAAAGAAAUUAAAAACCUGAGGAAGACGAGGGAAUGUUUGCAUGAACAGAGGUGCAGUUUAGGCCAUAAGAGAAAAAUUUACAAAUCUCUGUCAGAUUCUGAGGUAAGCAUAAAGUCCUUUGAUUUCCAUACAUUAUAAUUCUGUCUAUUAUAA